ACGCGCUUCUUGCCCAUUUUAGUCAAAGUCUGUCAGCACAAAGAAUAUGGGAAGAUCACAUAGCACAGGGCUGCCUGGAACGGGUUUACAGUAAACCCACAUUUUCAACUGUCACUGCAGAGCACUUGCACUUAUUGGUUAAAUGUAUGUUCUUUCAAAUUACAAAUAGUGAAAGAGACGGGGAUAUUCCAGGAUGGCUGCCUCUACAGAAAUGACAUUAGACACACGCUUGUAUACAUCAGUCCCUACUUUUAUCCCCAGUGUGAUGGAGGAUUUGAGUCCUGAGCACAAUGGAACAGUCUGCGAGAACUGGAAGGAGGUUCACCACUUGGUCUUUCAUGCGGCAAAUAUCUGUUUUGCUGUUGGGCUUAUUAUUCCAACUACUCUAAACCUUCACAUGAUAUUUCUUCGCACCAUGUUAAUGAUAGGAUGCUGUCUUUUCAUUGCCUGGGCAACCGUCUACCGAUGUGCCUUAGAUAUUAUGAUCUGGAACUCGGUGUUUCUUGUUGUGAAUUUCAUGCAUUUUUUCUAUCUUGUAUACAAAAAGAGACCAAUUAAAAUUGAUAGGGAGUUAAAUGCUGUCUACAAAAGAAUGUUUGAGCCUCUUCACGUGCCUGCAGACAUGUUCCAAAGACUGACAGGGCAGUUCUGCACCAUCCAGACACUUAAAAAGGACCAGACAUACGCUGCAGAGGAUAAAACAUCUGUCGAUGGCAGAUUGAGCGUUCUGCUAAAGGGAAAAAUGAAGGUCUCAUAUCGCGGACAUUUUCUUCACAACAUUUAUUCUAAUGCCUUCAUAGACUCUCCUGAAUUCAGAUCAACUCAGAUGAACCGUGGUGAAAAAUUCCAGGUCACCAUCACAGCGGAAGAGAGCUGCAAGUUCUUGUGCUGGUCUAGAGAAAGGCUAACUUAUUUUUUGGAGUCUGAACCUUUCUUAAAUGAAGUGUUCAGGUAUCUUAUCGGCAAAGAUAUAACAAACAAGCUCUACUCGUUACACGAUCCUACAUUUAGUGAUAAGACAGCCAAAAAGUUGGACCGCCAGCCCAGCCUUUGCUCUCAGCUGUCAAUGAUGCAGAUGCGGAACAGCAUGGCCAGCUCCAGUGAAGCUGAUGACGUUCUGAACCAGUUCCUCCGUGGCGGCUCCACAACCUCUACGGCCUCCUCUCUGCAUAAAUCUCCUCACACAAGGCCUUCAACCAAAAUGAAGCCUAUUGAAGAAGCUAUUGAGGAUGAUGUCUUUCAACCUGCCAUCCCAGUUAAAAGAUCAGGUCUGAGGCAAAAAGCUGGGGGGAGAACGUCAAGCACCGAAGAAGUUUAACCUAAUGACGACUACAGCCCCUAGCUGCAAGAAUAUUACCACUAAAACGAUUGUACCUCUUCCCUUCUCCAGCUGACACCCUAGAGCUUUUUGAAGUUUAUCAGCUUGAAAUGAUGGAAAGCGAAUAAGAAAUUGAAUUACAUGUCCUUUUCUGUAUGUGUUUUCUGUUUUGGUAUAUCUAUCUAUCUAUCUAUCUAUCU